AUGCCUACCGAACCCAACCAACCAAGCGACAUCGACCGCGCCAUCUCGUUCGUCAAGCGCCCCUGCUCCCGAUACGUCUCCGAAAACGAGAUCCUCGACAUGAUUAUGGUCAACGCAAUGCUUCGCCAUGAAGGUACUGCUGCAGCCAGCCGCAAAGCCGCCCGUCUUCUGCGCCGCAAGGAGCAGUUAGUCCAAUAA